AUGGGUGCGGUCAGUCAGUCAGUGGUUGCUCGCAACAAUGCGGACAAGCCUCACGGUCUUGCGGGUAUGCUGAAGAACCCCUAUGUCUUUUCGACAUGUCUCUUCGCCUCGCUGGGUUGUAUCAUGUACGGUUAUGACCAGGGUGUUAUGGGUCCUGUGCUUGUCAUGGAGAACUUUAAAAAUCACUUCCCUACCUUCCAGGGAUCGACCAUUCAGGGUUGGUUGGUCGCUGCUUUGGAGCUUGGAGCUUGGGCUGGUGCUUUGAUCAACGGUUUCCUCGCUGAUCGGAUCUCCCGAAAGUACGCCAUGAUGGUUGCUGUUAUCAUUUUCACCCUUGGUACUGGCUUGCAGGCGGGUGCUCAGAAGCCCGCAUACUUCUUUGCUGGUCGUAUCGUUGGUGGUCUUGGUAUUGGCAUGUUCUCCAUGGUCAUUCCUCUCUAUCAGGCUGAGAUCGCUCCCCCGGAGCUCCGUGGAUCCCUUGUCUCCCUCCAGCAAUUGUCUAUCACUAUCGGUACUGCUAUCGCUUUCUGGAUCGACUACGGCAUGCAAUAUGUCGGUGGCACCACCUGUAACCCCGAGGGCAUUUCCAACCCCUACCUCGCCAACGGUGACUACAAUGCGGUCCAGAACCACGGACACACUUGCUUGGGACAGAAGACUAUCUCGUGGCGCCUUCCCCUUGCCCUGCAGAUUAUCCCUGCCUGGAUUCUGUUCUUCGGCAUGUUUUGGUUCCCAUUCUCGCCCCGUUGGCUCAUGAUGAAGCACCGCGAGGAGGAAGCCGCUGCCGCCCUCUCCAAGCUGCGCCGUCUCCCUACUUCCGACGCUCUUCUCCAGGCUGAGCUCCUUGAGAUUAAGGCCGCUGUUAUGUUCGAUGAGGAGACUGAGGCCGAGGCCGUUAGCGCCAAUGGAGCUUGGGCUCCCUGGAAGGCCCUAUUCGCCCCUAACAUGUUCAAGCGUCUGAUGCUUGGUUGCUGUAUGAUGGUCUUCCAGCAGUUCACCGGUAUCAACGCCGUUCUGUAUUACGCUCCUCAGAUUUUCGCCAGUUUCGGUUUCUCGUCUACCACGCAGACCCUCCUAGCCACUGGUGUUACCGGUAUUCUGCAGAUCAUCUUCACUCUGCCCGCUGUCUUGUACCUUGACAAGUUCGGUCGUAAGACCUUCCUCAUCGCUGGUGCUAUUGGCAUGUUCUGUUGCCACAUCGUCGUCGCCGCCGUCGAGGGUACCUAUGAAGACGCCUGGAACCUGAACAAGGGCCUCGACAAGCCCCAGGGCUGGGUUGCUAUUGCCUUCAUUUGGCUGUUUGCUAUUAACUUCGCUUACUCUUGGGGUCCUGUCACCUGGGUGUUAACUCAGGAGAUCUUCCCCAACAGCAUGCGCUCCCGCGGUGUCUCCAUCGUCGCCUCCACCAACUGGAUGUUCAACUUCGUCAUUGGUCUUACCACCAAGGAUAUGCUGGGUUCCAUGAAGUACGGUACCUACAUCUUCUUUGCCAUCUUCUCUGGUCUCGGUGGUCUCUUCAUCUGGAAGUUCGCCCCUGAGACCAAGGAUAAGACCCUGGAGGAGCUGGAUAUCUUCUUCGGUGGCUCCGAGGAUAGCAUUGCCGAGGCCGAUCGUAUCCGCAUGCAGAGAAUCUACGAGUCUCUUGGUCUCGCUGGCUUGGAAACCGUUGAUGACCUGAAGACUGAGAAGCACAGCAUCUCCGAGCAGUACGAGGAGACUGCCAAGGUCGAAGCUUGA